AUGCCUUCAGACGGUAGAGAAUGCGUCUCGAUUCAUAUCGGCCAAGCCGGUGCUCAGAUCGGAAACGCUUGCUGGGAGCUCUAUUGUAUGGAGCAUGGACUCGACGAGGCCGGAUUUUUGAAGGAUGAAGAGGAAAACAAGCAACAAUCUCUUCAAGCUUUCUAUUCUGAGUCUAUAAAUGGGAAACACGUGCCACGUGCGAUUUAUGUGGACUUGGAACCAACUGUGUUGGAUGAGAUUAGGAAUGGGGUGUACUGUAACUUGUUCCAUCCGGAUCAGAUUAUCAAUGGCAAGGAGGAUGCUGCUAACAACUAUGCUCGAGGACAUUAUACUAUUGGAAAGGAGUUGAUUGAUGUGGUGCUCGAUAGAAUCCGCAAACAGACCGAAAACUGCGAGGGACUCCAAGGUUUCCUUGUCUUCCACUCAUUCGGAGGGGGAACAGGCUCAGGAUUCAGUUCUCUUCUCAUGGAAAGACUCUCCGUAGAGUUUGGGAAGAAAAGUAAAUUGGAAUUCAGCGUCUACCCGGCACCACAAGUCUCGACAUCGGUCGUCGAGCCAUACAACUCUAUUCUCACCACGCACACUACUUUGGAGCUGUCCGACUGCUCGUUUAUGGUUGACAACGAGGCGAUUUACGACCUCUGCCGUCAAAAACUGCAUGUUGAGAGACCGUCCUACUCAAACCUCAACCGACUAAUCGCCCAAGUCGUUUCAUCAAUUACCGCGUCGCUGAGAUUCGAUGGAGCAUUGAAUGUGGAUUUGAAUGAGUUCCAGGUGAGAGAACUACAGUAUGCAUUUAGCCAGAUCAAAUGUCAAAUUUUCCAUACUAAUUUGGUCCCAUACCCUCGCAUUCAUUUCCCACUCGCCACCUAUGCUCCAGUGAUUUCUGCGGAUAGAGCUCAUCAUGAACCUCUAUCAGUUCAAGACAUCACCCAUAUGUGCUUCGAAAAAGCGAACCAAAUGGUGAAAUGUGACCCCAGUGCUGGGAAAUACAUGGCUGUCUGCUUGCUGUAUCGUGGAGACGUUGUCCCGAAAGAUGUCAACGCGGCUAUCUCGUCCGUCAAGGCAAAACGUGGAAUUAACUUUGUUGACUGGUGCCCAACUGGUUUCAAAGUGGGAAUCAACUACCAAGCACCUGUUACGGUGGAGGGAGGAGAUUUGGCAAAGGUCCACCGCGCGGUGUGCAUGCUCUCCAACACCACCGCCAUCGCCGAAGCGUGGGCUCGUCUCGACCACAAAUUCGAUCUAAUGUACUCAAAACGCGCAUUCGUACACUGGUUUGUAGGAGAAGGAAUGGAAGAGGGAGAGUUCGUAGAAGCUCGCGACGACUUGGCUGCUCUCGAGAAAGACUACGCGGAAGUUUCCAGGGAUACCGCUGACUUGGAAGAUGACAACGACGAAUUUUAG